GAAGAAGAAAGAACUAAAGAAAUGAAGAAACUAAAGAAAUCAUUCGCCAUUGCCAAACAGAAUGUGAUGGAGAAGACUGCCAACAGGGAGAAUACUCUUGAGCCUGAAGAGAUGAAGGAGCUUGAAAAGCAUGUACAAGAGAGUAGAUUCUACUUGAGGAAGCUCACCAAAGCAAUUGAGAAGGAGACCGUCAGCACUGGAGUGAGCAUACAGGAUGGUACAGAACUUGCGGAUAACUUCAUAGACUAUAGUGUACAUGUUAGAGAUACUUAUCCAGACAUGGUUAUUCUCUCGGGUAUACUUUCAAAGAUUGGAGAGUUCCAGGCUGGCUUUGAAGAUUUGAAGGCCAAACUAGACUCAUCACUAAUCAACGAUGUCAGCGAUCCACUAAAGAAGAUGGUCAAGACAGAGUUGAAGCAGGCACAGGAGGCCAAGCGAGACUAUGACAAGUCACGUGUAGGAUAUGAUGCAUCAUUGAGUGAGUUGAGCAACUUGAAGAAGACAAAGAAUGUGAAGCCUACCAAGAUUACGGAGCAGGAACAAGAGUGUGAUAAGCUUGGAAAGGAGUUUGAGUUGAUUGGCCUCGAGACCAGGACUCAACUGCAGGACACCAACAUCAUCUCAGAGUUUGAGACGGUGGAGAAGCUCUGCGACUACCUCGACAGCUAUCACACCUUCUUCCAGAAGGGCUACCGUUGGCUGGCACAGAUGAUCCCCGACGUCUACGAGUACAGACUGUACGUGGAGAAGCGCAAGUCCGAGCUGGAGAAGUCCAAGGUGCGCAUGAGCAUGAUGCUCUCGCCGUCGGUCAAGCCCGAAGCGCUGCGCAACAAGGUGUUUGGCGAGGACCUCAACGUGCUGGUGACGCGCGACCAGGCGCCAAUACCUGCGUUCGUGUCAUGCGCCUUCCAGGUGAUUCGCAACAAGAUGGACGAGGAAGGAUUGUUCAGAAUGUCUGGCCCCAAGAAGGAGGUGGUCGAGUACAAGCGCCUGAUAGACGAGGGCAAGGAGUAUAACCUGGCCAACACGUUCGACGUGCACGUCGUGUGCAACCUGGUCAAGCUGUUCCUGCGCGAGCUGCAGCCCGAGCCACUGCUCACCUACAACCGCUAUAACGAGUUUAUCGACGUGUGCAACAUCGAGUCGGUGGAGGAGCGUGUCAACAAGAUCUCCAAGCUGGUGCACUCGCUGCCCAAGAACAACUACAACCUGCUGCACUCGCUUAUGCACCUGCUCAAUCAGAUAUCGCUCAAUGGCAAGAAUAGGAUGGGUCCGGCCAAUCUGGCCACGGUGGUCGGUCCAAACAUCUUGGUGUCGCAGGUGGACAUUGUCGUCGAGGACAUUGCCCUGGGCAACAUGGUCAUCUCCACAAUGAUCCAGAACUUUGAAAAGAUCUUUGGCGGUCCGCCAGCAGUGUUUGAGCCGCCUCCCAAGCAGACCAGGUCGCCAACAAUCCACAGCAACAACAACAUCAGUGAACUAGUAAACUCAACAAGCAGUAGCAGUAUCAACAACAACAACAAUACCAACUACUAUAGCAACAUUGUACAGAGCAGUAGUACAUCGCCAACUUCACCAACAUCACCAACAUCACCUAUUUAUAAUGGACAGACGAUGAGGAAUGCCAACCUCUCGACAUCCGGAUCAACACUGGACGAGGACAAUGAUAGCUUUGAAGACGAAGAUGCAGUG